UGUGAGCGGGGCGGGUCCCGGAGCGCAGCCGGGCGCUCAGAGCGGGGCUGGGGGGCAGUACAGCGCUGUGCGGAGGGAAACGGGACGGGCCGAGGGCUGGAGGAGCAGCGAGGUUCGUCCUCACCGGCCCGGGAGGGCUGCCCCGAUCCAGAGCCCGGCGGGGUGCGGCGGUGCCCGUCUGGGCAUCAUUCGGGAUUUAGAUCUGGGUUCCCGAGAAGUUCCAGAGGAGUUCCAGAUCUCCACAACUAUCAGCUGCUCCCUCCCCCGAAGGAGGUGCUCCUCUGUGACUCCAGCAGUUGGGUUCCCGCAGCUUUGGCCAGGCUUCCUGCAGACGGAGCUCCUGAGAAGCUCAGCAGCUUCAGGUUCUUCAUGUCUUUUCUGCUAUAGUUGCUUGGACAAGCAGAGACGUUUAGUGAGCCUGUAAGAAGCUUUCAGCAUCCUCCUCAUCUCUUCCUUCAGGCUGUCUCCCAGCUGAACCCAACCCGUUGAUGCACUAAGGCAAGGGAACCUUUCAGGACAGAGCUGCCAUGCACGCAGCGUUCUGUAUCUUCAGCGAGGCUUUUCCUGGAUAAAACCUAACCUUCUGGCAGCUGAGAGCUGCACUUACUGCCUGACUGUUGUCUUCUGAUUGACUGCUGUUUCAUCCAAAAGGUUCCUUCCUUCUCCUCUGCUUGCUCCAUCAGCCAUCCUCUUACCGCAAAGCCGUUUAGAAUAAGCUGGUGGUCACGCCUGGCUCUCAAAAGGAAGAUAGGAAGGAAAGCGCUCCCCAGGCCCGCGUUGUUGCCCCAUUCAGCUGCAGACCAGCUUAGAUGCCUGCUGGAGUUAAUCAGUUCCAGCCACAGUAGGGGGGAAGGCUUUGAAAUUCCAGCGCUCACCAUAAGGGAGAUAAGGAGGAAACUUUCACUGACACGCUAAUCCUGCGCAGCAGCAGCUUGUCUCCAGCAUCCAGCCCUUCCCAAUCUGUAACGCUUAUCUCCUGCCAGCAGCAAGCACCGUGAGGGAGGAGGGCAGAAUAUACGUGAGCAUCGCAUCGUGUGUCCCACAGCACGAGAGUCUCAGUCUUGAAGCAGUCUGUGCUGCACUGGGGGAUGAUUUGUUCAGAGCAGACAGGUCCCUGUGGUUGGAAAUGAGCUCAGUUUGGCAGGGAGCACUGAGGAAGGCUGGCAGAGAGGCGGCGUGGCCCUUGUGUGCAAGAUUUCUCCAGAAGUAAAGAAGCACUGGUGGAGAAAGCGCAACACCUGGCAAGAAGCAGCAACACCGUGCAACAAGGGAGGGAGCCACUUCCAGGUUAUGAAAACAUGCUGUUGAACUGACUUUUGGAGCUACGUUUUCAAAUGUACCAUGGGAUGCAUCAAAUCCAAAGAUGCCUUUGCAGGAUCAAACGUUAUCCGUGUGGAAGGGAGCGGGGAAGGUGACGAAGGGUGCACUGGGGAGAAAUCAUCGCUGAUAGCAGGGAUGGUGAACGAGAAAGGUCCGUCGAGCGCCAUCGUGCUGGACUAUGCACAACGCCUCUCCCAUGAGAUCCUCGAUCAGGCGGUGAAGCAGUGGGCAGUGACAGAGAGCAAAUACAGCGACAUCCCUUUCAUUGAGAGCGAUGUGCCCUGAGCCUGGCCCACAAGGACUGGCUUCAGUGAGCGUCUGUCUGCCAGCAGCUCGUGUUUGGUGCUGGUGCAAGUUGAGUAAGGUCAGCUGUGACCGAGCAGAGUGCUCCUCUAAAUGUGUUUGCAAGAAGAGGCUGGUACAAAAAUUGCCUUUUAAUCUGUAUUGCUAGGAAACCCUGUGGAAUGCAGUAGAACCUAUUAAUCAAAUGUUGUUCGUUCUCAGCCCUAUGAUGAGUGUUGUCUGUCUUUGUGUGUGUUGAGUGAUCAGAAAUUAGUGUUAAAAAAGAAAAUGGGGAGAACACAACUGCCUUGCAACUGUAGGAGUGCUGGCACAGGGGCCCCAGAUGUGCUUAAGAGCAAAGUGUGGAUUGUACUUAUGUAUUGCAUAAAAAAUAUAUGGCCUGUUUGUAGGUGACAAGAAUGGUAUGCUUGGCAAGCUUGUCUAUGUUCUGCUGAAGCGAAAGCAGGCCCUCUAUGUAGCCAAGGCAGCUGCUGUUGUAACCUUCACUUUGGUUCUCUGACCUGAGCAGGCCUACAAACCACAUGAUGAAGGUGGUGAGAAGCAUUUCAGAAAACCAAAUAGUAUUCAGGGAACUACAUGGAUUCUGAUCCUGAUCAACUUCCACUCUUAAUAGAACCGGUGAGAAACAUUACGAUAUUGAUCAAUAGUGCAUUGUAAUGAGGGUAAGAUAUGCUCUAGCUUCUGCAAAUGCGUGAGGGCUAUUCUCUAGAAUCUUGAAGUAAGAGUUUAAUUACAUCUAAUUGCUGCGUUCAGGCCAAAGCUGUUUGCUUUGGGUUUUUUUGGUUGGUGUUUUUUGGUCAGGGGGCUUACUGAUAUCAUGGGGCAAUGGCUGCAUUGUGCUGAGCGUUCAAUCCAGCAUCGCACCCUCAGAACUGCUGGCCUUUGCCUUCCUUCUGCUCCUACAGGCUGAGCACAUCCCCAUGGGUAGAGCCAUGUACACUGAGGCCGGAGCAGAACACAGGGCUGUCACUGGGCCUUGGGCACCAGACUAACGGGCUGCUGCAUUCAGUAGCAGUGCUGCUGAGCUCACAGCCCCACUCCUCUCUGGGGCCUGGGGCCAGACCUGCCGCUCUGCUCUCUGGGGUUGGGAGGAGGCGGCAUCAAACUGGUGUCCUACGGCUCUGCUGCCCUCUUAGGCAAAGUGAAUGCCUUGUAGGAAGCUUGUGGUUUCUUUAGCACCCAUUUGCUCCUUCUUCUGUUAAGGCCAAUGUAUUGGCCAUGUCAUUUUUUUCCUGCAUCCGAGUGCUUUCCAUUUCAUGUUUUCAUUUUGCAGAGAGGAGCUGCUUUCCAUACUGGCAAACACUGUUACUAUUUUUAAAAGGCGCUCACGGUCCUCGUGACUGAUACGAGUAUGAAUCUGAAGCAGCGGUAAGCAGCAGAAAGAGAAGCAUUUCCAGGGUUAUUUUUAGCUCCCUCUCACACGUGAAUUGAGAGGGAGCGCGGCUGUUCUGCAAACUUCCUGACACCAACUUAAUCAGUCGAAGUUCAGCUGGUGGGAAGCACAUGCAGAGGGAAUGGUCACAAGUACUUUGUAGCUCUGCUGCUGGCUCUCACCGCUCAGGCCUGGACACGGGGCUGUCCAUGUGCCAUAGGUGGCAGUGAGUGGAAGGGGCCGUGCGUCCUCCCAGAGUUCUGCUGUGCUAACAGGCCUAAUGCUAAAUGAGUAAUAAUAAUAAAAGGCUUCUUGAUGUAAAUGGAGUUCCAUCUGCCCACUUACCUUUAGAUGAAGCUAUUCUAUGGUCUUACAAAGCCACUUUUAGCACAGAGUUGCCACUGAUUCUUUGAUUUAGCAGAAAGGCACUGUGACAGGGGGCUGGUAUGGCCUGAAAUACACAUGUCCUUCUGUUUGGGAGCUUGAUGUCUGUGCUUUGUUUUCUCUGUGGAACAUAAGCAGGGUCCGAGUGGGUACCGUGUGACUGCUGACAUGGUAGGAAUGGUUUGGAGCACACCAACUGCAGCACAACUUUGUACCAAUGACGUUUCUGUAGCACAGCACAUCCAUAUGCUCAAAUAAAGCGUACUACAGUAUAUUUUUACAAUACUUUUUGUGGAAAAUAUUUUCUUGUGGACCAAAUAAAAUUAAAAUGACCAUC